AUGCAAUUGACGGGUAGGUUCGGAUUAAAUCUACCAAUUUACAAAGAUGACCGUCCAUUUAAAGGAAGACAAUGGAAAAAAAUUACAACACAUCCACUGCAGAUGAAUUCAGCUGAAUCCAACGAUGAGACAUCCAAGGAAAUGGCCGCAAUACGGCACGCCAACACCGAGUUCGUUUGUCAACAAAGGAUAGAACAAUCUGCGACGAAUCUAGACGUAUUUGAUCUCUUCGCUAAUCAUGUUGGUUAUAACAAACCAUUUAAGCAACCAAAUAUAUUCCCAGAUGAUAAUCAGUUAGAAGUUUUUGUUUUGCCAAUGACUCAUGUUGAUCCAGGAUGGCUGAGAACUGUGGAGAGUUAUAGCAAAGAUACGAAUAAAAUUUUGAAUAAUAUGCUGCAUUUUAUGCCAAGCCAUUCAAAAAUGCGUUUUCUUUGGUGCGAGAUGGUUUUCUUUGAGAAAUGGUGGUCAAAAUUAAACGAAAGCAGCAAGAAAAAAGUCCGGAAGCUAAUAGGAAAUGGGCAGUUAGAAAUAGCAAGUGGUUCUUGGGUAAUGACUGACGAAGCGAAUCCAUAUUUUCCUGUGACCAUUGACAAUAUCAUCGAAGGACAGCAGUUCACUUUUCGUGAACUAGGCGUAAAAUCUAAAACUAUAUGGUCAAAUGAUCCAUUUGGCUAUGGUCCUUCAGUCCCAUAUUUAUUCUCGAAAACGGGGAUCAAGCGAGCAGUUAUUAACAGAAUCCAUGAUAUCUUAAAGAAAGCCUUGCAAGCACGAAGAGCCAUUCCAUUCAAGUGGAGACAACAUUUUGACAAACAAGGUGUUGGCGAUAUACACACUCAUGUGCUGCCAUACAGUCACUACGAUAUUCUGAAUAGCUGCGGCCCAAAUCAGUCCGUUUGUUGCGCAUUUGACUUCAAAAGAAUUACCCACUAUCAGUGCUACGAUACACAAACUGAAGCCAUUACGAAAAAAAAUGUCAAAAAAAAAGCACAACAACUGGAAAAUCAACUUAAAGAAAUGUCCGAGAUGUAUAAAUCAAAAGUGCUUCUUGUAAUGUGGGGCGAUGAUUUUCGAUACGAUAUGAUGGAAGAAUGGCAUCAACAAUACGAGAAUCUCGUAUAUUUGUUCAAUUAUAUUAAUGCGAUGAAUAAGAUAAAAAUUAGAUUUGGCACAUUUACGGAAUAUUUUGACGCCCUCGACAAAUUCAAUGAAGAAAACAAAAUUAUCCCAACUGUUAUAUCGGGGGACUUUUUUCCUUAUCUAUGUGCAGCUCAUGACUACUGGACGGGUUACUAUACUACGCGACCUUUCUAUAAACGACAGGAACGACAACUUCAUGCUCUAAUUCGUAGUGCUGACCUUUUGACCUCCUAUGCUAAUCAUAGGCUGAAUCGAGAACAAAAAACGCUUAUAAUUUCAAAAUUAAGAAAAGCUCGACGAAAUCUUUCAUUAUUUCAACAUCAUGAUGCAAUUACAGUUCAUUAG